AUGAGUUAUUGGAGUACGUAUUUACUUGGGAAUAGCGAAUUGAACAAUGCUGACAACGACCCUUGUGUAGAGAGUUCUCGUCGAAAGAGCUUCGUUCACUCCAAAGUCGUACUUAAGUCUGCCAAGAAGGACGAUUCAAAUUUGGCCCGUGAGAUACAUCAUCACCGACAAUUCCUACAUCCUCACAUCGCUCGCUUAUACGAAGUAAUCGUCACCGAAAACCUGGUAUGGCUUGUGCUGGAAUAUUGCCCUGGCGACGAAUUAUACAACUAUCUUCUCAAGCAUGGGCCGUUACCGGUGGAAAAGGUUCAAAAGAUAUUCACUCAAUUGGUUGGUGCCGUUGCAUACGUUCACAACUCAUCCUGCGUUCACCGAGACUUAAAACUUGAGAACAUCCUUCUAGACAAACACGAGAAUGUAAAGCUUGUGGAUUUUGGGUUCACUCGCGAGUAUGAGGGUAAGGCGAGCUAUCUGCAAACUUUCUGUGGCACAAUAUGUUAUAGCGCUCCAGAAAUGCUGAAGGGAGAAAAGUAUGCUGGUGAAAAGGUUGAUGUUUGGAGUUUAGGCGUCAUUCUAUACGCUUUGCUAUGCGGCGAGCUACCAUUCGACGACGACGAUGAUAAUAUUACAAGGACCAAGAUAUUGACCGCGGAGCCGAAAUGGCCGGAUCACCUUACAACCGACGCAAGAACCUUGUUGAGCAUUCUAUUGUCGAAGAGACCUUUAAUACGACCUGCCUUGUCCGAUAUUCUCACUCAUCCCUUUCUUGCCGAGCAUGCGCCACAACAGCAAGUCAUUUUAAAGUUACAGAGAGCGGCACCGUUCACAACGACAUUAGAAAAAGAGACCUUGGAACGUAUGCGAAGUGCUGGCGUAGAUAUUGACCAGGUCAUUGAAAAUGUACUAGCUCAGCGAUGUGAUGCUCUAGCAGGUUGGUGGGCUCUUCUGCUCGAAAAGGAAGACAGAAAGCAAGUACGGAAAGAACGAAAACGUAAGGAACGAGAGGCGGAGAACCGAUCCUCAAGACGACUGAGUGCUGCGAGUAGCCGUUUGGAGAAAAUGAUGCCCAUUUUAACAGGAGUCGACGAAGAAGGGCAGCCGCUAAAGAUUAGUGAUCCACCUAGGAGUAGAGGAAGGAAAGAAAGGCGAAGCGCCCAUUAUCCGGAUCUUAUCCUUACCGAUUUACCUGGAUUACCUGAACACUCACAGUUCUCCUCACCUGAUGUUCACACACCUCCACCGCCACUUGAAAAAGACUCAAUUCGCUCGGCAAGCUCAUCUCGGCAUCGCCGCCCUGUCCCUCCUCCAAAAGAAGGCACUCUUCGAAGUGCCCGGUCACGAGGAAGCACAUUACAGCUCGUUACUUCUAAUCAUGAUUUUCUACACCCUAGUUCUAAUGGCAUUGUCAAACCACCCCCACGUCGCAAGCACCAGCAUGCUAUUAUCAACCAAUUAGCUCAUUGGAAGCAUUGGCUUCUGGACUCUGCCAGACGUGCUAGGUCACCAGGAAAGAAAACAAAAGCUAGUCGCUCAACACCAGAUCUCCGCGAGAAGGCUGCUGACGGCUCAAGCAGUCCGAAAGAACCUAGUCCCCGACCAGUCACUUCGAAGUCACCCACGAUGACACGUGCUCACGUACCACAACUAGGCGGUCAGCCUCCUGUGUCAAGAACGUAUACAACGUCAAGCACCAAGCGGCAUUCAUUAUCGCCAUCACCCGUCACCCCUCGUUCAACUUUCCAGCGUCGACCAAGUAGUGGCUUGCGAGGCCGAAAAUCUACAUCAUCUUCUGUUUCUUCUGUACGUAGCAUAAUGCACCAACAUACACAUUCAAAAGCUUCGUCAACUUCGUCAAACGGAUCUGGCUCAAAGAUACCGCUUCCCACUCGCAGCCCUCACCACUCCGUCAAAGUCCUUCCCGCCACUCCUACCCUUAACUCAUUCCCUUCAAACAUUCGCGUUGUUCGACAAACUCCACUUUCAAGUUUCAACGAAGGUAUCUCGUGGGGUGGUAGCAAUAGUACGUUUGGUGCCCCACUCGUAUUUGCGAAACGAAAAAAGAAUCUCUUUAAAGGACCCUCGCUUAAUACUACCUCGCCCAUCGCAUCGGGAAACGGACACGGACACACCCGAACAGGCUCGCAUAGCAGAAGCGCCAGUAUAGCAGGCAGAAGAAGCGGCGAAAUCAUCGAGGAAGAAGAUGAGGAUAUCGAAGAAGUCGACGUCUUUACCCCCGUAAUUGGUCCAGGUGAAACGGAAGAAAUGGUCUUUCCCCCAACUGAUAUCUUGAGACUUGAUGAUACGAUUGAGGAGUCGGAUAGAGAGAAGACACCUACUAAUGGGGCUGCAUAG